GCGGCGCCCCCGCGCCCCGCGCCCCGCGCCGGCCAGGAGCCUUCACAUAAAUGGGUCCAGUCAUGCCUCCCAGCAAGAAGCCAGAAAGCUCAGGAAUUAGUGUCUCCAGUGGGCUGAGUCAGUGUUACCGGGGCAGUGGCUUCUCCAAGGCCCUGCAGGAGGACGAUGACCUCGACUUUUCUCUGCCUGACAUCCGACUAGAAGAGGGGGCCAUGGAAGAUGAAGAGCUGACCAAUCUGAACUGGCUACACGAGAGCAAGAACUUGCUGAAGAGCUUUGGGGAGUCGGUCCUCAGGAGUGUCAGCCCCGUGCAGGACCUGGACGAUGACACCCCGCCAUCCCCUGCCCACUCGGACAUGCCCUACGAUGCCAGGCAGAACCCCAACUGCAAACCCCCCUACUCCUUCAGCUGCCUCAUAUUUAUGGCCAUUGAGGACUCUCCAACCAAGCGCCUGCCAGUAAAGGAUAUCUACAACUGGAUCUUGGAACAUUUUCCGUAUUUUGCAAAUGCACCUACCGGGUGGAAAAACUCAGUGAGACAUAAUUUGUCUUUGAAUAAAUGUUUUAAGAAAGUGGACAAAGAGAGGAGUCAGAGCAUCGGGAAAGGGUCAUUGUGGUGCAUAGACCCAGAGUAUAGACAAAAUCUAAUUCAGGCUUUGAAAAAGACACCUUACCACCCAUACUCACACGUGUUCAAUACACCUCCUGCCUCUCCUCAGGCAUAUCAAAGCACAUCAUCAGGUCCACCCAUCUGGCCGGGCAGUACCUUCUUCAAGAGAAAUGGAGCCCUUCUGCAAGUGCCCCCUGGAGUGAUACAGAAUGGAGCGCGGGCUCUGAGCCGAGGGCUGUUUCCCGGAGUCCGGCCUUUGCCAAUCACUCCCAUCGGGAUGACGGCAGCUGUGAGGAACGGCCUGGGCGGCUGCCGGGUGCGGACUGAGAACGAGCCGUCGUGCGGCUCCCCGGUGGUCAGCGGAGACCCCAAGGAGGAUCACAACUACAGCAGCGCCAAGUCCUCCAACGCCAGGAGCACGUCGCCGGCCAGCGACUCGGUGUCCUCCUCGUCGGCCGACGACCACUACGAGUUCGCCGCCAAGGGGAGCCAGGAGGGCAGUGAGGGCAGCGAGGGCAGUUUCCAGAGCCACGAGAGCCACAGCGAGCCGGAGGACGACGAGCGCAAACACAGCCCGAAGGAGGCCAAGGAUGCCCUGGGGGACAGCGGCUACGCGGCCCAGCACAAGAAGCGCCAGCAUCUCGCCAAGGCCCGCAAGGUCCCCAGCGACACGCUGCCCCUCAAAAAGAGACGCACGGAGAAGCCCCCCGAGAGCGACGACGAGGAGAUGAAGGAGGCGGCGGGCUCGCUCCUGCACUUGGCAGGGAUUCGGUCCUGUUUGAAUAACAUCACCAAUCGGACGGCAAAGGGGCAGAAAGAGCAAAAGGAAACCACAAAAAAUUAAAAACAAGUCACUGAUUUGUUUUGAACUUUCGGCCAUUUGGUUUUAGCAUGUCAGGAGAUUUCUAAUGAUUUGUGGCAAUAUCAGCAAUUUUUUUUCUUUCUUUUUUUUUUCCUUUUGGUUUGGUUUUCUUUUCUUUUCUUUCUUUCUUUCUUUUUUUUUUUUUUAAUUUGCCCCUCCUUUGUUUUGGACCCUUAAGAAUUUUAUUUUUAAAGGAGAUUGAAGCCAUAGAACUCAUAUUGACACUCAGCUGUUUUACAAAAGCUUUUCAUUAUCUGAAGACAAAACCGAAAAAAGCCAAAAUUACCAUUGCUUCCUCCAGCUUUGUCAGAAACACGUGGCUGAAUCCGCAGGGAUGCCAACGAUGAUGCCACGGGAACACCCACUCGGCACCUAGAAGGCACGCGUGCAGAGUAAUCAUCAAUCAGGCCCAACCCUUAGGUCUAAACAUGGUCAGGUCGUCCCGCCCAUUGGGGUCGCUGAGUGAGUGCGUGCGAGGCGACUGGGGAGAAGGAUGAGCCCUGGUCCCCGGGGAGCUGACCCAGGCUCUUAACCCCGGGUGUCCAGCUGUGCCAGGAAAACCCUUGGCAUUGCCGUGGGUUUCAUUGCCAUGAAUCGUGCAGGGGUGGGUGGACGGAGUGGGAAGCGGUCUCCAGUCCUUUGUGCUUCUGAGCUGUGCGGCCUGGUAUCAUCUUAGGAGGUGGACUCUGGGCCACUCAUUUUACACCAGGUGUCCGCGACUAAUGAGAAGAAACUGGGUCAGUUUUUAGUGACAUUGCUAAUCACUGAAUUUUGUUCUGUAUUAAAUUAAGAGAAUGUUUCACAAGCCAUAAGCCUGAAGGUUGGCCCUGUGCACGCGCACACAGAGAGCAAGAGAGAUAGAGAGAGAGAGAGAGAGAGAGAGAGAGAGAACUGAUGCAGAAAACAAGCUCUGUCUUCUUAACUGCCCAAGUGAAAAUCAAGUUCAGGAAAUUACAAUAGCUGUUAAGGAAGAAAAUAAUGGUACAGAUUCUUUUUUCUGCCUGUCAAAACUAUUUGAUCCGAGUGAAAACAAAAAAAGCUACAGAACCUGCCAUUAGUAUUGUGGUGUAUUUUUAAAAGUUGAAAGGCACAUUGAUGGACAAACAAAAGUAAAAAACAUGGCAAAACAAACAAAAAACAAAAAAACUCCUAUACUGCCCUCAAAAUGGAGUUUGCAAUUAAUGUCAGUCAGGAUUCUUCUUUGCAAAAUCAGUGAUUUCCACAUUCAGCCAGUGUAGCCAGCAGAAAUUUCUGAUCCACAAUGCAUGGAUUCCUUUGAAAAAAAAGAAAAAAAAGAAAAAAAAA